AUGUUACAUCCGGAUACGGUUAAUUCAUUGAUCAAAUCCAAUAUUUUACACGUUGAGAGUUCAUUGUAUGCCAGUAUAAUGAAACGAAAAAAUGGGACAAUUAAUGCUCGUGAUAAGCCACCGUCAGAGAAAAACGUACUAGCUAUGGCUGCAUUUAACUCAAAAACUGUUGACGAAGGUUUACAGAAAGUACAAGAAACGUUGACUUAUGAACUGCUUAUUCAUGGUUCAGCGAUAAAAAAUAAUUUGAAAAUGAUAAUCAAUAAAUCGAAAGAAAUGCAAGGUUACAAAUCUAAAUACUCUAAACAUAUGUUUAGUUUACCGUUACGUCAUCAGCCAAAAUUCAAUGACUGGUUUUAUAAUGAUUUUGUGAGACGUCAUGAUCCAGUUGACCCAAUUGAUCGAACACGUUGCUUAUUCGUAAUCGGACCAACAUUGUGUGGUAAAACGUCGUUUGCACGGGCUAUCGAACCAAUGCAUAUGUUCUUCAGAUGCGAGUUUUCAAUCGAGCUUUGGAAUGACAAUGCAAAAUUGAUAAUAGUCGAUGACAUUAAAUGGGUUGAUAUAGAGAAAUAUGCAAAGUCUUUACUAACAAGUUACGGUACAAUCACAUUGACCGAUAAAUAUAAACCCAAAAGAACUGUUGAGAAUAAUAAACCAGCAAUUUAUCUGAUGAAUGGUGACGACGCUGGUAACAUUGAUAAAAAUCCA